AGAUCAAGCGGCUUUUGAAUUUGCACGUUAUCGGAAUCCGAACCCACUUUACAUUUUCGAGCUGACGGUCAGGCAGAGCAGAGGAGAGUACUUAACUGCCCUGAUCAUACCUGUAUAUACACUGUCAUAUAUAUAUCCCAACUAUGGCUGGAAACAGAGCGAAAGUUAGAGUGUUUCAACAGGGGGUCAGUGGGAAGCAGAAUGCUUUCCACUGUCCAACCGGAAUAGAUAAAUAUCGUAAGCUUGUAUGUAUUUUCGGAGAUAGCCAGAUGAGAACACUGGUUCAAGGAGAUGUCGAAUUCCCGAAGAAGCGAGGAUGUCAAUUCUUGGUCAAUUCAACGCCAGGAGGAAAAUGUCAUCACGUUGAAAAGGAGCUAUGCCACUUCGAAUUCCCUCGAAGGCCCGCGGUCAUCGUCUUGCAAGUUGGUACCAACAACAUCCAGGCAACAAAUUGGCAGGAGGCUCUGGGGGCGACGAGGAAAGAAUUCAAGAGCCUCCUGCUAAGAGCCAAGCAAGCUGCUAAUUCAGUACUCUGCGUGGGAGUCGCUCCACGGUUAGACGAGAAGGGGGAACUAGCCCAUGUGUGGAACGCCGCCAUGCGGAACAUCGCCGCGGAAGAGGGAGCGGAAUGGAUUGACCUGGAAUCUACUUUCAACACCGAGAGUCGACAUCUCUGGGCACGGGAUGGAUUGCAUCUAUCCGAUGACCAUGGAAUACCAACACUGCUCAAGAGACUGGUAGAACACCCUGCCUUGUGAAGGUGUGCCCAGAGAUGUCCUAUCCAUUCCUCUCCCCUUCCCUUCCCCCUUCUCGUCUUUCUCUCUCUUCCCCCCCCAACUUGCAAGAUGAUGACUGAUGGCCUAGAUGGAAUUCGAAAUGGUAUAGCUUCCUUUCAACAAAAUUACUGACAUGAACCUCCUGGCGUUGAAUUUAUGGCAAACAUCCUCGCUUUUUCAACUGCUCGACAUCUCCUUGAACCCAUGUUCUCAGUUGCUAUCUCCGAAAAUACAUACAAGCUGAAGUGGAAAAUAAAAGAAACAUAUUAUUGCAUAUCUUGGAGCUCUGAUAAUGUAUGUAAUAUUAAUAAAGAAUACUGAAUUAGAAUGCA